GCUGUUGCUGUUUUUAAAGUGAUUUAUAAAUAAAGUUGGAUUGGAUUGGAACAUAUUCAAUUAGGAAAGUUGGAAUCACUCUCAUCUGAUGCACAUUUCCACUAAAACUAGUGUAUUCGCAUCCACAUUAACGGUCUCCUACAUUUCUGCACCUAUACUCCAGUCUCUGUUUACAGCCUUGAGGAAAUCUGUCUCAUGACGGGACAAAUUGUCCAAUCAUGGGACAGUUCCCAGAGAGAGAGGACUCCUAUUGUCCGCAGAUAAGCGCACACAGACCUUUGGCAAUGAUCACUAUACCACUGCAGAUAUCUGGACACAGUAUUGAAGCAGAUGGACUACUGUUCCUUUUUCAUCUUUAUUACGAAAUCAAUUUUUUUGAAGUCAAUGUCUCAAUUCCUCACUGGGUUUUCCAUCGGAUCAGACUGACGCAAGCACAGACUGCUAAGUGUGUAUAUAUUUUCAUUGUCAGCAGGCAGACUGCAGGGUUUGCCCUGCACACUCAUCUCCUCCCGCCCUGCAUGUGUUUUACUAAGAAAUGAGUGAGAAAUACCUUUUGAAAUGGCAGAUUGUGUCAGUGUCGUCCAUUUGUCAUCUUCAAUGAUCAUUAUAGGGGUCAGCAGCAGCAGCAGCAGCUGCACGGUAGCUGGUAAGUAGUCAGGGACACUUCAGCUGUUAGAGUCCACUGAACAUCACAUCACCAUCUACUGCUGAUUAUAGAAAACAGUACAAGAGCAGACAACAUGAAGUGUGUGUGUGUGUGAGAUUAAUAUAAUACUCUGAGCAGUCAGACGAACAAAGAGGUUUUGUGGAAUUCUUUUCAUUUAGAAACAGGGGAAACUAUUUGGAUCUGCUAACUCACAUCUGCUUCUUUUUAGCAGCACAUUUUCUUUGGCAUGACUCAAGGAUAGCAAUGGAUUCUGAAAGCUCCCGUGAGUAUUCCUGCAGACUGCAGGUGCAGAAUGUGCGGUGAUUUCUUUUUUUUUUACAAUUUGUUUGAAGAUUUAUUCCAAAUAAAAAAAAUGGCACUGAAGUGAUCUAAUUUUUUUUUUUUACCAUUACCAGCUCUGAUGGUGCGGUAUCCAUUCGUGACCUUUACAUCCCUCUUCACAGGUGUAAGAGACGACCCAGAUGUCAAAGUGAUGAUGGCUGGGUCAACUCUGAGAAAAGUCAAGUCCCGUUCAUGGAAGAAGCCGCGGCAUUUCCGCCUCCUGGAGGACGGCCUGACCAUCUGGUACAAAUCCAGAUGGGCGGGGAAAGGCCACUCCACCUUCUCUGUGACGGAGUUGGAGGCUGUUCGAGAGGGUCACCAGUCAGAAGUCCUGCAGAGCACCGCGGAGGAGUUCCCCGCUGACCACUGCUUCACCUUGGUGUUCCACGGUCGCCAGGGCAACCUGGACCUCGUGGCAGAUUCCCCGUUGGAGGCGCGGGCGUGGAUUCAGGGUGUGCGCAAGUUAAUUCACAAGGCUCAAACCAUGGAUGAGAAGGAGAGGCUGGACCAAUGGGUGUGGGACUGGUUUCAAAAAGCGGACAAAAACAAAGACGGGAAGAUGAAUUUCAAAGAAGUGCGGAAGCUGCUGAAGAUGAUGAACAUAGACAUGAACGAGGAACAUGCUCUCCAUCUGUUUACGAUGGCCGACAGAUCGGGGAGCGGUUCUUUGGAAAUCGAGCAGUUCGUCCACUUCUACAAGCUCCUGACUCAGAGGGACGAAGUGUGGAAGGUGUUCCAGGAUUACUCUGGAGAUGGAGAGAAGUUACUGCUCGAGGAGCUGGAGAACUUCCUGAAGAUGGAGCAGCAGGAGGGGGGGUGGAGUACCCAGCAUGCCCUGGAGCUGAUCGAUCGCUAUGAACCCUCUGACUCAGCCAAAAAACAAGGCGCCAUGUCGCUCGAUGGCUUCCAGAUGUACCUGUGCUCCCAGGAGGGCUCCAUAUUUAACCCGGAGCACCGAGGUCUUUACCAAGACAUGAGCCAGCCGCUCAGCCACUACUUCAUCUCGUCCUCACACAACACCUACCUCCUUGAAGACCAACUCCGAGGACAAAGCAGCCUGGAGGCCUACAUCCAGGCCCUGAAACGAGGCUGUCGCUGUGUCGAGGUGGACGCCUGGGACGGCAGCGACGGCGAGCCUGUCGUGUAUCACGGCCACACUUGGACGUCCAAGAUUCUCUUCAGAGACAUCAUUUCAACGCUCAAAGAAUAUGCCUUCAAGGCGUCUGACUUCCCCGUCAUCCUGUCCCUUGAGAAUCACUGUGGCGUCGAGCAGCAGAAAGUCAUGGCUCAGCACCUCAGCCAAAUCCUGGGUGACACAUUACUGAGCAACUUGCUGGAUGGACAGAUGCUACAGCAGCUUCCUUCUCCACAGGAACUGAGGGGGAAAAUACUGCUGAAAGCCAAGAAGAUCGGCGGCGUAGAAGACUGUCUGGACGAGACACUGACGGACGAAGUGAGUGACGAGGAGGAGAUGGCAAACGGUGAUGCUGCGGAGGACCCACCCGCUGAUUCUAACAAGAAAUCUAAGUCCAAACUGUCGAGAGAGCUGUCAGACCUGGUGGUUUACUGCAAGAGCGUGCACUUCCACGGCUUUGAGCACGCUCGCUCUCACGGCAAAUGCUACGAGAUGUCGUCAUUCUCUGAAUCCAAGGCCAAGAGGCUGGCGAAGGAAACAGGGACGGAUUUCGUGCAGUACAACACCAGGCAGUUGAGCAGGAUUUAUCCCAGUGGCCUCAGGACUGACUCCUCCAACUACAACCCACAGGACAUGUGGAAUGUGGGCUGCCAAAUAGUGGCUCUGAACUUCCAGACAGCCGGUCUGGAAAUGGAUCUGAACGACGGGCUGUUCAGGCAGAACGGCUGCUGCGGCUACGUCCUCAAGCCUGACUUCAUGAGAGACGGCAACACUCGGUUCACUCCCGAGAAACCCGAGGAGCGGCAGGGCUACAGACCACUGCGCCUGUCCAUACAGGUGAUUAGUGGGCAGCAGCUGCCAAAGGUGAAUCAGAAGGAGGGCUCUAUUGUUGACCCUCUGGUCAGAGUGGAGAUCUAUGGGGUGCCACAGGACCAGACUAAAGAUGAGACCAGUCACAUUAACAACAACGGUUUUAAUCCACUAUGGAACGAAACUCUCAAUUUUGUCGUUCACACGCCUGAGCUGGCCCUGGUCCGCUUUGUCGUGGAGGAUUACGACAAGGCGUCCAGGAACGACUUCAUCGGACAGUUCACUCUUCCAUUUAAAUGCAUCCAGACAGGAUAUCGUCACAUUCACCUGCUCUCCAGAGACGGUAGAGCGAUCCCUCCUGCCUCCCUCUUUGUCAAUAUCACCAUUUCGGGGCUCACAUGAAGGAGUCACACGUGUGGAUAUGAAAAGCCAGAGCUGUGGUGUCGAGUCCAGUGUCUCCACAGACACAACAUUCACAACAAUUUGAUUUUCAGCAUUAUUUAUUCAAAGAACCAUGUUGGGAUUUCUCCCAACUGAUUUCUGGAAAACUGAGUACUCCUCAGUACUCCUUUAGUACUCAGUACUAAAGUACUCCUUUAAUCAGAAAACACUGGAACUCUCAGUAAACAACGAAACAUUCCAAAACGUCUACAUUUAUUCCAGUUAUUGCUGCAUGUGUACAAUGUCUACAUAUACCCAUUUGCCUUUAAAUGAGCUGUACAUCCAGAGGUUAAGUUUGUAGGUUGUGAUAUUGCACCAUAUCAGUAUUAAUUAAACCUAUCAUUAUUAUUAUUAUUAUUGUUGUUGUUAUGAAGUAAACAUAAUUUUUGGCAUCAUGUUGGUUGUGUGUGUGCUUGACUUCUUUUUUUUCUGUUUAUUAAUGUACAAAUUCCAUAAGAUAUGCUGUGUAUAAUGUAAAUGUACAUAUAUAAAUAUAUAUAUAUAUAUAGGCGGUCUGUAAAUCAAUGAUAUGCAUUUUCUGAAUGGAUGGUUCAAUGGAACAGAAUAAAAAUUAAUUAAC